AUGCUACUUCUACCCAUUUUCCUUGUUGUCUACAGAACCCGUCCUCCAGUGGAUACUGUGGCCGUGCAGUGUCACAUAGGAAGAGCAGGUGUGUCUUCUUUAAGCCCUGGGGAUCAAAUCUAUCCAUUUUUCAGGAUACAGUUCAGAGGAGUGAGGCUGGACUUGUUAGCUCCCAUCUGUAAGAGAGAAAAAAAAGCGACCAGUGCCCUCUUUCUACCAGAGGCAUCCCUCCCUACUCUAGAUGGGGGGGUAGACAGACUUUACACCAAAGCUUUUCUUUCCUGGUCGGACUUAGUCUGUCCCUUACAGACGCAGGCCACAUACUUGUUUCUUCCGGUUCUACCACCAAGAUGGGGUGGAGAUGCACCAGGUGUAGACCUGAUGGCAUCCCUAACUGAUGUCCAGCUCCUCACCAUUAAAACCUUGUUUGCCCCUGAUGCCACCCGGGGUGCAAUCAGAGUAACCUUCUGGAAUGCCUCCCAGGCUAAGACUGCUGGGGGGAACAUUCGGCACCUGGGUGCCUGUGCACGACCCUGA